AUGGAAGGAAAUAACUUUGUCACGAAACUAAAAGCAAAUGGUGGAAGUAGUGAUGACUACGAUCUAGCUAAACGUUAUUUAGAGUAUAAUGAAAUACUGAAGAAAUUAUCAACAAAGGACAAGAGCUCAUUGUCACUGAACGUACUGUGUAUGUUGUGCAGGAAUUUGGAGAAAGUACUGUCAUGGAAAGAAAGAAUCAACGACAAGGAUCUCCUGAAACUGGGUAUAGAGUGUGUGAGGCACACGCGGACUCUGGAAGGUCCGGAGCAAGUUAAGACAUUGGCAUGUGUAUAUCAUUUACAUAAAUACGUCACUAAACAGAACACCCCAAUACCUCCAGAGCUCAUCUUGAAACUAUCCUUCAUGCCAUUCGAAUAUGAAAACGAUAAGCUGCUCAAAGAUUACUGCAAAACUUUCUGGAGUAUACUAUCAGACAGACUCUCGUACAUUGAGAAACUGAAAACUAAACGUAUGCCAGUCACAAAAUUAUUAUCAAAACUGUUAGACGACCUCGGUAAAGUGAUAAAAGUAUAUGACACAGUCCAAUUUGCUACCAAUUUACUGUGGUUUCUUGUCAAGAAACUAAAUUACAUCUACACUGAUAUAUCACCGAAGGAACUGAAUGAGGCGUUUGGGAAAAUAUUUGAUUUUCUAUCGAAGAAAGAUUUAAAGCAGUUUAAAAGUUUAUCAGACAAAGAUCUAAUGGAUUAUUACGUAAAAUUGAACGAUAUCCUAUAUAUUGUUACUGAUAACGCCGUGCAGAUUGAUUGCAAAGACUCCGUAUUGGAUACGGUGACAAGAAUUUGUAUAUCGAUGGUCGGACAUAGAUCUGAUAUGUUCCAUUGCAUGCAAACGUUCUUCUUAAACUCAUUCUGUUGUAUUUUUAAAGAGAAAAUCGAUACUAAUUUAGUGGAUAACACGUUUAAUAAUCUUCUGGUGUCCUGUGAAAUGACAGAAAAAUUAGGUUACGGUAACGUAAUAAGUGCAAUGUAUCCUUACAUAAGUCAAUCAUUAAGACUAUUCAUAGAAAAAUAUUGUAAUAAAAAUAUUUUCACGGACAACUCAAUUGAUAAUUCCUUAAAACUAAUAUCGAUAUUAUUAAAAAAGUUAAAAAACACAAAUCAGUUACUGAAAUGUGAGAAUUGCAGCGUUAAAACUGGAUUACACGAUGCUCUACGCUUAUCGUUUCAAAUCAAACAUUUCAUAACGAUAUCGACCGACCAGAAAAUUGAUAUCAACAAUUUUCUACCGACAUAUUACGGAUUAGUCGAACAACAAUAUACAAUAAUAAAUGAAUUAAAAGAAAUGGGAUGCGAGAAUACAGACAAGUGCUUCAGAAAGUUACAAACGGACGUACACAACAUUGCAAUUAUAUUGAACAAGGCACAGUGUUACGGAUAUUCAAUAAAAUUAUUCGAUGUUUAUAUUAAAAAUGAGAUAAUUAACGUCAAAGGCGAAGAAGAACUUUAUAACAUAAGCCGUGCCUUGUAUAACAAAAGUAUAUGUGAGUUAGAUUCCAAACUGUACGAAGAUUCGUUGAGGAGUGCAUAUCUCAGCCUAACAUUUGCUCUACCAGAGAGUCUAAGUUCGGAGAAACAUAUGGGCUUAGUUAUGGAUGUAAAGUCGAAAGCUCUGAACAGUGCGAGCGAAGACGGUGAAAUUGUGAAUGACUACUUGCAAAGGAUGACUAUAUUGGAUGUUUGUAAGUUAUUGUACGAUGGUGAUUUGUAUGGAGAUUUGAAGUCGUUCAUGAAGAAAUUGAAAUUUAGCGAGCUCCUGAAACACGAGUUCUUAAUGUACGUGAAGCUGUGGCCAUCAAUAGCACCAAUAUCAGCCGUCUGGAACUCCCUGAACGAAUUAGUUAAUGAAAGACAUACUUGGGUUGAAAUGGAAAAUAAAGAAAAAUUAAAAUGGACGCUGUUCGAUGUAGUAUUGGCGACUCCUGGAACGGUCAGGACGAUACACGACGACGGUUUCAGCGUAAUUAUCCAGGAAUUGCUGGAAAACUUUGAGAAGACUCAACCAAGAACAGUUGAGGAGAAAAUAGUGAACUGUACUCUACUGUUCGUUCAAGCCGAAUACGAUAUAGCGGAUGCGAGUCGGAAGCAUGGCUGGAAGAAUUCUGAGCAUACAGUGGACCCGGAUCAAGCGGAAGUAACUCGAACCCUGGAACAAGAACAUCGCGCCGUCUCUCUCGCACUGAGGGCGACUCACGAACUGACUGCUAUUUUACCGACUUUGAAGACCGUGAAACCGUCGCCUCUAAUCAACAACGCUCUACUAAUGUAUCAAGUGUCUGUUCAACAUUUACUGGUGAUGCAUCGAACUUUAUACGGCCUACAGUUGGCGUAUAUAUGUUGCCACCUCGCCGAUAUAGUCGGCGACAAGGAGGCAUAUGUUCGAAACGCGGGCUUACUCGCCUACCACUCAAGUACGAGACGCAAGGAAAUCGACGAAAUGAUAUCAAAGUGUACGAAGUAUUUAAAGGAUUUGCUGAAGAAUAAAAACAGCUUAGACUUGGCGUUGGGUUACAUGUGUGAGGUUGCGAUAUACUACACGAAAAUUGGUUCAAUCAGCAUCGCAGCCAAGUUGGUACAAACGGCACAAAUAUACAUGCUUCGAAUUGCCGAGGAAGGCGCCGAUGUUAACUUGCAACUAUCACAAGGUCGUCUGAUUGAAGCCCAGGCCGCCCUCUGUCCAGAUUCAGGCUGGUCACCGCUGUGUGUUGUCAAUGUCUUACAGCGGCACUAUUUGGUCUCUCCUAGUACUUCGGGGCGCUGGGCCGAGCGCCGCGAGCGAGCGCUGAGCGUCCGCGCCCGCAGCGCUGCCGCAGCGCUGCGGGCGGUGCGGGGCGCGCGGUCGCUGCGGCUGUGGCGGCGCGCGGCGGCCGCUGCGGCUGCGGCGCUGCAGCGCUGCGGGGCGCUGGCCGCCGCAGCGCUGUCCGCCGCGGCCGUCAGCGCGCACAGCGCUGACGAGGCGCGGAUAAAAAUCGAUAACCGCGUCAAAUACAUUCUUGGCCUUCGAUCUUCAAGCGACAUACCCUCAGAUCCCGCGCAGGCGCCGAAAAUCGAACAAUUUACCCCAAAGCAGACAAACCUAGAGUCCGUGUUGGACUCCAUGUUCAAGAAAACCCAAAUCAGUCCAUCGGUACCCUGUAUCACAGUCCCCGCUUUCCAAAUACCGGAUUUCCUGGAACACGCACAAACAUGCACAUGUUACGCAUGUGACAUACCCGAAUGCACGAUUAUUGCAUGUUUCAUAUCUUACCUCGAAGCUUCUGUGUACUAUCGAGCGAAGGAGUUCGAUAUCGCGGGGAAUUACUUUAGUGGCGCGUCGAAAGUUUUCGGUUUAGCUGAAGCUAAGUUAAAUAGUAUUUUUCAUAGAUAUAAGAAGAAAUUUAAUGAAGCAGUUGUGGAUAUGGCGAAAACGUUUGUGGAUAAUUAUCUAAACGAGGUGAAUUUAGAGUUUCUGGUCGAGCAAGCGUAUUUUGAACUGUCCAGAAAAGAAUUCGAGAGAGCCGAUGAGACGGUGAUAAGUAUACACGAAGUUUGGUCUGAAGUCGGUAAAGUUGAUAUGUACUUACAGAACGAAAUAGUUAAUCUGAUGAUAGCGUCAGCGCAGUUGAGAAAAACUGCGAAACCUAAAGACUUGGGUAUUGAAAACGAUUUUGAAAAUCUUAAAUUGAGUCCUGUAAUGCCAACCGAGCAACAAAAAACGCCGGAAAUAAAAACCGCCAUACCAAAAAUCGAUACGGGAAUAAUAGUAAGCGAUGAAGAGAUACCAAAGAAGCGUAAGGUUAUCAAACUAAUCUUCGAAGAACCUAAUCAGGAGGAUAAUGUGGAAAAUAUCAAAAAUAAAACGAAAACCCAAUUUAAAAUACCAGAGCCGGUGACUGCGAAACCUGCUCUCGAGAAAAUCACGCCUAGGCCGUCUAGAUCUAGACCGGAAACGACGCCUAGAUCGACCCGGUCGAAACCGGAUAUAGUAAUCCAGCAACCGUCCAUCGAUGUACCGGUUACCCCUAAAUCGGAGGAAACUUGUGAGUUUUUCACUCCGUGCCAAUCGACGCCCGCAGAACAUUUCUUCACUCCAAUGACCUCAAUCAAAACCUACUCAAGGAGGGUAGUAAAAAAUUUAGAAUCUGAAUUCUCUACGCCCGCGAAAGAAUCGUCUGAAAUUAAAACUCGUAGGGCCAAAGUCGAAUCGGGUUCGAUUAAGGGUAUUAAGGACAAAAGGACUUUGAGGAGGGCGACUAGUCCUGGCAAAUUAUUAGAAGAAAAAUCGGCAAGACCCGGCAAAUUAGUUGAAGAAAAAUCGAAGGGAAAACUUGUGGAAGAAAAGCCAACAAGGUCUCGACGAUUGAGGCAACCUAUUUUGACUGAUAAUGAAUUGGAUAGCCCUGUACUUCAGCAUGCUGUCAAUCCACCCGGCAAUCGUGUUAUUGACUCCAUGCUUGGUCAGGGCACGGCUUAUGCUGGUGAACUUAGUUUUGUCAAAGGCCCCUUCAAUAUCAAUAAAGGCGCCUAA